CGAUUGCAGCUGCCCAAUCACGGCCAUGCUGCUCGAGGACUUGCCAGCCGACGUCCUCUUGCACAUUCUGAGCAUUCUCGAAAUCCAAGAUAUCCUGCGCUUACGCCAGACAUCCAAGGCUUUCCACGAGACAUCCUCGCUCCGGAGCGUCUGGCACACGGCCCUAGAUACCCAUCUGCUGGCCGCCGGCACCCCCGUCCCCGGCAUCCACUCCGCACCGCUCAGCUCCCUCUCCGCCCGCGACCUGGAAACAUGCGCCCGCCGCGCCACGCAGCUGCGCCGCAACUGGCGCUCCCCCCGUCCGACCGCGCACGCCGUGCGCGAGGUCAUCGCGCGGGCCGACGCCAAGUGCUGCAACCUCGGGCUCGCCUUCCUCCCCGGCCACGGCCGUCGCUAUCUCGUCUCGACGACGACGAGGCUCACGCGCGCGAUCGGGCGCCGCUGGAUUAUAGAGUGCUGGGACAUCGCGGAGGGCGACGCUAGUCGCUGCGUCGCGAGGCUCGAGUUCGAGUCGGUGGUCGCGGUGCGGGCGAAUGUGGAGCCGGACAGUCCGUACGUGCUGGUGCUCGUGCGCCGUUCGUCCACUGAGCAACAAAGGCGAGUAUACUACACCUCCAUAUUCGGGCUGGACGUCUCCGAAGAGCCGGAUUUCGCAUUCAAACUCCUUCGAGAGUUUCCUGGGGAACACGUGCCGCUACUUUUGAAGGGUGAUAGGCUCGUCGCUGCGCACACCGACAACGUGGUCCGUGUCUGGGAUGUGACCGUGGGCACGGAAAUCAUGCAAUUGGAUCCUCCUGUGGGCACGAUGCUUCCGCUCAAACCGUGCUCCGGCGUAGUCUUUCGUCCAAACUAUGCCAUUCUCUUCCGCCAGACGUCGAUCGAGACGUACGUUUUCCCCGCAGAAGGCGAUCAUCCUCGCAACAUCCCUCCAGCCGCGGCCCACACCCUACCGUGGCGGAUCAGCAACCUCGCCGUCAGCGAGCGCCUCCCUUCCGCUUCCUCCUCCUCGCCCACCAGCCCACCCCUCAUCGACAUGUUCCUUCGCUUCGACAGCUGGUACCCCUGGCCGGUCAACAUGCUCCACCACUUCCACCUCCGUCCCAACCCAGACCACCGGCCAGGCUCCGCCCUCGCGCGGGAACUGCCCUACCUCCCGCGCCCCUACCCGACCUCGUCCUGGUCGUCGACGAUCGACUUCUUCACCCCGUCCGACAUGGCCGUCGGCCCGCGCGGGACCGCGCUCUGGAUCGACUCGCACACGGAAGACCGGUUCGGCGCGGGCGCGCCGGACGGGCAGCGCCUCGCCGGGCGGACGCUCGCGGCGCCGCGCACGACGGAGGAGGCGCUCGCGCUCGGCGUCCGCGCGCUCAGCAACACCGCGAGCGUGCAGGGCCAGGGGCAGGGCCAGCACGACGAGAUGGGCGCGCUGAGGGCGAUGGCGGAGGCGGACGAGCGCGUGGAGGAGAUGGAGUUUCAGGUGGACGAGCGCUGCUUGUGGAACCGCGUGGCGAUGGACGAGGACGAGGGCCGGAUCGCGGUCGGGUUCACGGACGGGCGGAUAUCGGUGUACGAGUACGCGCCGGCCUGAUGUGGCGUUUGUCGCCACUCUCGGUCGAUCGUGCGAUCGUCGGUCGAUCGUGCGAUCGUCAUGCGCAAUGCAUAUAAGGCCAAGAAAUCGUGUGUCCGAUAUCAAACGUCCAAACCAUGGACUGGGGUACGGUACAGGCGUGUAUGAAUGAAGAUCAUUCUCUGGUCUUCGGUCGUUCUCUCGUAAACCCUGUCAAGGCCACUGGACGACUGCUCGUCAUCGACGUAAGGAAGGGCUGAAGAACCCUGACGCGGCCCUACGUUGGUGAGUCUUGUCGGCAGAAAUCUUAACGUCCGAGGGGACAAACACCAGUUUCAUCCCCCCCUCGUUCCCUGACCCGCUCGCAGCAUUCACCGUAUCAGGCGCAGGGGCCGCUUGGAGCUGGCGGAUGACGCCAGUGCCGGUAUCGUAAGCGAACGUCUGAGCCGACGACAUGCUAGCUGCGUCCGCGGGGCAAAGGUCGAGCCCGAUCAUCGAGAGCACGCCGCCGAGAGGCCCACUGAGCGUGCCGCACAGCGUCGUGAU